UCUUUUGCAGUUUUUUUUUUUUUAAUUGCAUUUAUUGUGCUAGCUAGCUUUUCAUUAUGGUUAGGCCACCGUGUUGUUGUGAGGAGACUGGUAUGAAGAGAGGGCCAUGGACGCCUGAAGAAGAUGAGAAGCUUAUUGAUUAUAUCAGCAAACAUGGCAGCGGAAAUUGGAAAUCAGUUCCAAAGCAUGCGGGCCUCAACAGAUGCGGCAAGAGCUGCAGGCUACGCUGGACAAACUAUCUCAGGCCUGACAUCAAGAGAGGCAAAUUCACUGAAGAAGAGGAGCGAUUGAUCAUCAACCUUCAUUCUGUUCUUGGAAACAAGUGGUCGAAGAUUGCAACGCAUCUUCCAGGGAGGACUGACAACGAGAUAAAGAAUUUCUGGAACACCAGUAUAAGAAAGAAGCUUCUUCAGAUGGGUAUUGACCCAGAAACUCACAAGCCAAGAACUGACUUGAAGCAUCUCAUGAAUCUCUCGCAGUUGCUUGGCAUAGCUAAUAACAAUAACUUGACGAGCCCUGGGAGCCACGCUGGUCUAGGUUUACAACUACAUGAUUUGACUCAUCAGUUAUCCCAAAUCCAACUGCUGCAGAAUCUGUUGCAGCUUAUGAAUGGCAGUAACAUGCAGAUUAUUCUCCCACUUUUGGGCAACAACCCUCUGGAAGCAUGUAUAAAUGGUUCAAAUAGCACUCUCACUCUCCCCAACAACAAAGAGGCUCUCUUGAGAGGCCAUGAAUUAUGCGCAAGCCCAGAUUUAUUUCCUUCAGCUCCAAGUGACUCACGCCAGGAUAUUUCAGAAUCAUGGACAAACCCGGAAGGAGCAUCAAAUCAAGAAGCUUUUGUUGAUACCAAUAGUAGCGAUAGAAGAACUUCUUCAUCACAUGAAACGAAUCAAGCUGAAAAUCCAUGUCCUGCAACUGGUUCAGCCAACUUCAACCAAAUGGAGAGAUCCAAUACUGAUGAAAUGUCCGACCUGCAGUCAUCCACAGUCUUUGAUGCUUGGGAGAAACUCUUGGAAGAUGAUCCGAGUGACGAUUCCUAUUGGAGAGAACUUUUCAAUUUGACGUCCACUUCUGCGUCGCAGAUUUCGUGGUAGAGGAAUUUAAUGUCUUUCCAGAUGAUCAAGGAACAUACACACAAAGGGUAUAAUAAAACAUUCAUUAUUGAUCGAUACAUUCAUUCAUUACAAAUAAUUCUUUUGCGUUUUAUUGUUUAGAUUCAUUGGUUGUACCUAAUACGAGUUAUAUGGAUGUGUGAUUGUUGCAAAUGUUCAGUUUGUUGUUCCUUUUAAGA